GUACUAUUCAAGCGUGAUUGGAGAGAUAUAUGCAAUAAAGGAAGAGGAAUCAAGACAGAUAAUUACGGGUUCACUUCCUUAAAUUUUGAUAGAUCAUUGCAGACUAAUGAACCAUUUAUACUUGCUUGCCAAGCUGAAUAGGUGUUUUAUGUAAGGGAAAUGGGGGAACCUAAUUGGUAUGUUGUUCAACGAUCACAACCUCGAAACUUUUAUGAUAUGGAUGCCUAUGAAGCCACUAGUGAUGAACCAUUUCAACAAAACGAUCUAUCAAACAUUGGCCAAUGUUCAACCCAAAAUGCGGAUCUAAAUGACUAUGAGUUUUCAUGCCAUAGAAGUGACAUUCCGCUAGAGAUUGCAUUUGAAGAAGGGACAUCAAGACAACGAAGGAAAAGAAUUUAUCCUUUAGUUAAGGAAAAGAGAACGACUAGAGGAAGAAGGAAACAAAAACUAGUUUUAAGUGCUGAUGAUUGAUUGUAUAUGUCUUGCUUGCUUAGUUUUGAUAUGUUUCUUUUUUUUUUUCCCUCUAUUUUUCUGAAGCUUAGUGUAUUUUAGUGUUUCUUUUUUCUUUAGUCACUUUCUAUAUAUAAGUCUAUGUUGUAGCCAAUUGAGGGUAUAGUUGAAACCAACAAACAAACUCUCAUCACAUAACCUAAUUUUGAUCCAUCUACAAGACAAAGUUGUGCUGGUAAGAAAUAAUUAUCUAUGUUUUAAUAGUUUGGUUUUCUUAUCUGUAAAAUGAUAAAAUAAUUAUUAGUUUUUAUUUAUCAUAUAUUUAUUGUAUAGGAUCAUCAUCAUCUAAUGUAAGAAAAAGAGGUCGAGGGAAAACAAAGAAUAAAAUACUAACAUCUUUGGUUCCUGGUCAAAAAUUGCCAUUGGAAUUCAAUAAUUAUGGUCAAGCCAUUGGAUCAAAUGCUAAUGUGUUUGCAAGUCAAAUUUCCAAGAUUGUUAAAGUAUGUGAAGAUGCACCAAUUUCUUGCAAGCGUUGGGAAGAUGUUCCACAAGACAAUAAGAAUAAAAUGUAUUCUUAUGUACUGGAGAAAUUUGAAUUUGAAGAAAACGAAGUAAGAAAAAAUUAGAUCUUUAGAAAGAUAGGAAGGGCUUUUGCAAACCAUAGAUAUAAGUUGAAGGCUGACUAUUAUGAUACAUAUGACAAUGAUGAUGAUCGAAUUAAGUUUGCUUCAACAAUAGUCGACCAAGGACAAUGGAGACAAUUUGUCAGUUGGUUGAGCUCACAUGAGUUUUAGGUUUCUUGUGCUCGUAAUAAGUCUAAUCGGUCAAAGCAAACAAUGACUAAAACUACAGGCACUAGAAGUUUUGCUCGAGUUAGAGCUGAACAGGCUGAAAUAUUAGGACACGAACCGUCUGCAUGGGAAAUGUUCAAGGUGACAUACAAGAAAAAAGACGGGUCAAUGGUUGAUUCCACAUCAAAAGAAAUAGUGGACAAAAUUCAAUCUUUAGUAACCCAAAGAGCUGAGGAAGAACCUUCUCAAGCUAUUGAUGAAAAUGAAAUUUUUUCUGAAGUAAUGGGAAGAGAAAGACAUGGACGUAUUCGUGGGUAUGGAUUUGGACCAACUCCUUCUUCUAUCCUUGGAAAGAUUCCAUCUCAUCAUGAGCUUGUUACAGAACUAGAACAAAUGCGACAACAUAAUAAUGGUUUGAAAAAUGAAAUGCAACUUUUGAAAGAGAAAAAUGAAGCGUCGUCGAUAGAAUUGGACCAAGUCAAAGAAAGACAAUCAAUUUUUGAAGCUUUUAUGGAAGAUGUUAGGGCAGGAAGGAUUAGAAAUAACAAUUGACUACACUUAAUUGUUUGAUGUCUUUUUUUUUAUGUAAAGUGCUAGAUGUCUUUUUUUG